CCUCAGGGACCCUGCUAACCGGGUGGGAACACCUGGCCAGGUGGGUUUGGGAGCCCAGAGUCAAGACGGCCCAGUUCCAAUGCCAUCUUGCUGGCAAGCGCCCACCUCGCGUGGGUGGAGACGUGAGCUAGGCUCUCUGGAGCAGUGCUGGUUCACAGCACACGCCUACCAAGAAAGUCUAGACCCCAGAUGAGGCUGCAGCGAGUGGGCGAGGUCGCCUGCGGUGAUGGCUGCAAAGGAGCAGCUGCAGCAAGGGCUGAGUGUCUGUGGGGAGAUGGGGCAGGACUCAAAGGCAGGAAGUGGGGGUGGGGUGCAAGACAGCCCUGGCCUGCCUCACACGGCACGGAGGAGCCGCCUCGCCAGGCCUCGGCCCGUCUGUGGCUUCCCAGGAUGGAGCCAAAGGUGCCCUGGGCCUCUCCUGUCCUCUGGGUCCUAGGGUGCUUCGCCCUGCUCCUGUGUCUAUGGGCACUGUGCACAGCCUGCCACAGUAAGCAGGGACAGAGACACCAGGCCAGGCUGGAGAGCAGUGUGAUGCCAGCAGAAGUGUCACUGCUGAGACACCGCCACGUCUGCUCCCUCAGCAAGUCAGACAGCAAAUUGCAUGAGCUGUGCGGGGGUCCCAGGGGCUGCAGAGCCCCUCGGCCUGCCAGCAUGGAUCUCCUGUGUCCACAAUGGUUGGAGGUGUCCAGAGGCUCCACCAGGCCUGUGGCAGCCUUCUCACACCGGGAGCUGUCCCCAGCCACGCCUACUGCCAUUGCUGUGCCCUCCAUUGGCCCUGAGGCCACCUAUUCCAAUGUGGGGCCGGCUGCACUCACCAGGGCCAGCCUGGCAGCCAGCCCUGUAGUGUGGGCAGGGGCACGGCUGACCAGCAGCUGUGCCAGGCCUGGGCCUGAGGCCAGACCCAUGGUGGCUGAGUAUGCCUGCAUCCAGAAGCUCAAGGGAACAGAUCUGGGACCCCAAGGCCUGGAGCAGGUGAAGGCUGAGGGGACCCCAGCCAUUCAGGUGGACAUCCUAUACUCCAGGGUCAGCAAGCCCAAAAGGAGGGACCCAGGACCUGCCACUGAUCAGUCAGACCUGAAGGGCAGGGGAUCAAUCCUGGCUCCGGGUAGUGACCUGGCCUACGGGGCGCUCCCACUCAGGGGCCUGGGCAUGGACAAUGGCCUCCUGGAGAACGUGUAUGAGAGCAUCCAGGAGAUGGGGGGCCCUCAGUGCCUAGGGCCCCCCAGCUCUAGCUAUUAGCAGAGUGGACAUAUGCAGGGCUGAAGCUCCCCGGCUUCCAAGGGAGGGGUCUCCAACCCUCACCUGCCCUGAAUAUCCAAGUACAGAUGUUCCUUUUUCCCUAGUGGGACCCAAUGCCCCAACUUCCCCUACAGCCCCACCACCACCACACAUAGUCACAGGACAAAGUCCAGGUCCCAAGGCUGCUGGCCUGUGGGUCCCUGGGGUCCUGGCUGCUUGGCCUUGUGGCCUCUCCAAGCUGGUAUCUUAAUAAAUACCCUGCACAGCC